AACGAUACCUGCCACCCACCCAAGAACUAAAAAAAGCCCACCACCACCCAAGAAAAGCCCACCACCUACCCAAGAAAAGCCUACCACCUACCCAAGAAAACCCACCACCCACUCAAGAAACACCACUACCCACCCAAAUA